AUGGCUCUUUCUUAUUCCAAAAUUUCCCCCUUUUCUCUCGCAAAUGAUGUGGGUGGUGGCGAUGCUAAGAAAAAAAUAACCUUUUCUUCUUCUUCUCUGGGUAUUUCUAAGGGUGGUGGUAGAAGCAGGGACAUGAGGGUGUGUGCUGUUGCUUCAAACGCACCAGCACCACUCACUGGGGUGAUAUUGGAACCCUUUCAGGAGCUGAAGAAGGAUUAUCUUGCUGUUCCGAUUGCACACAAUGUCUCCUUGGCUCGGCAAAACUAUGCAGAUGAGUGUGAAGCUGCAAUCAAUGAACAGAUCAAUGUGGAAUACAACGUUUCCUAUGUGUAUCAUUCCUUGUUUGCUUACUUCGACAGAGACAACAUAGCUCUCAAGGGACUUGCCAAGUUCUUCAAGGAAUCAAGUGAAGAAGAAAGAGAGCAUGCUGAAAAGCUUAUAAAGUAUCAGAACGUUCGUGGUGGACGAGUGGUGCUGCAUCCCAUCACAAAUCCUCCCUCAGAAUUUGAGCAUUCGGAAAAAGGGGAUGCCUUGUAUGCCAUGGAACUAGCUUUGUCUUUGGAGAAGUUGACAAAUGAGAAACUCCUUCAUGUUCACAGUGUGGCAGACCGUAACAAUGAUCCUCAACUAGCAGACUUCAUUGAGAGCGAGUUUUUGUAUGAGCAGGUUAAAUCAAUUAAAAAGAUUGCAGAGUAUGUGGCUCAACUGAGAUUAGUUGGAAAGGGUCAUGGUGUGUGGCACUUUGAUCAGAGUCUUCUUCAUGAUGGAGAUCAUGCGUAA